AAGAUGAAUGGAAGCCUUUUGGUGUUUGUUCUCCGAAAGGCGGGAAAGGCGAACUACACCUCCCGACGGGCCGCGCGCGGCUGCGCCUGCGCCCUGUUACCUGUCGCCAUCUUGCCCCUUCAGAGGCACCGCAAACAAACCCAAUUCCUGGUGUCCCCUAGUCUUGGCGGAGGAGCCUUUUAGAUGAGCCCCGAAAGGCCGGGCAGGGAGGACAAGCUCUUUGGGGCUACCAAACAGAAGCAGCAAUGCCUGUUGUGUGGCCAACCCUUUUGGAUCUCAGCAGGGAUGAAUGCAAAAGGAUUCUUCGAAAAUUGGAAUUGGAGGCAUAUGCUGGAGUUAUCAGUGCACUUCGGGCACAGGGGGAUCUCACCAAGGAAAAGAAAGAUCUUCUUGGAGAACUAUCAAAAGUUCUUAGCAUCUCAACAGAACGCCACCGUGCUGAAGUUCGGAGAGCAGUAAACGAUGAACGGUUAACAACAAUUGCACAUAAAAUGAAUUUAUCCUUAUAUUUGGGUGAAAGACCAAGUUACAGUAUGUCUGGACCUAAUAGCUCUUCAGAAUGGUCCAUUGAAGGUCGUCGAUUGGUACCACUGAUGCCCCGGCUCGUUCCCCAAACCGCCUUUACUGUAACAGCUAAUGCUGUUGCUAAUGCAGCUAUCCAGCACAACGCAUCUCUUCCAGUGCCUGCGGAAACAGGAAGCAAGGAAGUAGUGGUUUGCUAUUCCUACACAAGUACCACGUCAACCCCAACCUCUACCCCUGUUCCAAGUGGCAGCAUAGCAACGGUUAAGUCUCCAAGACCUGCCAGUCCUGCCUCCAAUGUAGUUGUCUUGCCAAGUGGAAGUACUGUUUAUGUCAAAAGUGUAAGCUGUUCAGAUGAAGAUGAAAAACCCAGAAAACGAAGGCGAACAAACUCUUCCAGCUCCUCUCCUGUUGUUCUAAAGGAAGUUCCAAAGGCCGUUGUUCCAGUCUCAAAGACGAUCACUGUGCCUGUGAGUGGUAGUCCCAAGAUGAGCAACAUCAUGCAGAGUAUUGCCAACUCCUUACCACCCCACAUGUCUCCUGUGAAAAUAACCUUCACUAAACCGUCAACACAGACAACAAACACAACAACACAGAAGGUUAUUAUAGUCACCACAUCACCAAGCUCAACCUUCGUGCCCAACAUUCUCUCCAAAUCCCAUAACUAUGCAGCAGUCACUAAGCUUGUACCAACGUCAGUCAUUGCUUCUACAACCCAGAAGCCUGCAGUUGUUAUAACUGCUUCACAGUCUUCUCUGGUCAGUAAUAGCAGCAGUGGCAGCAGCAGUUCUACACCAUCACCUAUUCCUAAUACAGUUGCAGUAACAGCUGUGGUGUCCUCUACACCAUCUGUGGUCAUGUCAACAGUAGCACAAGGUGUAUCUACAUCAGCAAUCAAAAUGGCAUCAACCAGACUUCCUUCCCCCAAAAGCUUAGUGAGUGCUCCAACUCAGAUUCUUGCGCAGUUCCCUAAACAACAUCAACAGUCUCCUAAGCAGCAGUUAUAUCAAGUGCAACAGCAGGCACAGCAACAAGUGGCCCAACCUUCUCCAGUAACUCAUCAGCAACAGCCACAGCAGUCUCCUUUGCCACCUGGUAUUAAACCUACCAUCCAAAUCAAACAGGAGUCAGGUGUUAAAAUCAUCACACAACAGGUUCAACCAAGUAAAAUCUUACCCAAACCGGUGACAGCAACUCUACCCACCAGUAGCAAUUCUCCUAUUAUGGUGGUUAGCAGUAAUGGUGCAAUUAUGACAACUAAACUGGUAACCACUCCUACUGGCACACAAGCAACCUAUACCCGGCCAACAGUGAGCCCAUCCAUUGGUCGGAUGGCUGCAACCCCUGGAGCUGCAACCUAUGUGAAAACUACGAGUGGUAGCAUCAUUACAGUAGUACCCAAAUCAUUAGCUACCUUGGGGGGCAAGAUAAUUAGCAGUAAUAUAGUUUCUGGAACAACUACCAAAAUCACUACAAUCCCAAUGACUUCCAAGCCCAAUGUGAUUGUUGUGCAAAAGACUACAGGAAAAGGAACGACCAUUCAAGGCCUCCCAGGCAAAAAUGUUGUCACAACGUUGCUAAAUGCUGGAGGAGAAAAGACUAUUCAGACAGUGCCAACAGGAGCAAAGCCAGCUAUCCUCACUGCUACAAGACCCAUCACCAAAAUGAUUGUAACGCAGCCAAAAGGAAUAGGUUCCACAGUUCAACCAGCAGCUAAAAUCAUCCCAACAAAAAUUGUUUAUGGGCAGCAAGGGAAAACACAGGUUCUUAUUAAACCCAAACCAGUGACUUUUCAAGCGACAGUUGUUAGUGAACAAACAAGACAACUAGUAACAGAAACAUUACAGCAAGCAUCCAGGGUAGCAGAGGCUGGUAAUUCAUCUAUUCAGGAAGGAAAAGAAGAACCACAUAAUUAUACAGAUAGUAGUUCCUCUUCUACAGAGUCCUCCCAGAGUUCCCAAGAUUCCCAGCCUGUAGUUCAUGUAAUUGCUUCCCGGCGUCAGGAUUGGUCAGAACAUGAGAUUGCAAUGGAGACUAGCCCUACCAUAAUUUAUCAGGAUGUAUCCAGUGAAUCACAAUCAGCUACUUCAACAAUCAAAGCUCUGUUAGAACUCCAACAGACAACAGUAAAGGAAAAAUUGGAAUCUAAACCAAGACAACCCACUAUUGACCUGAGUCAAAUGGCAGUGCCUAUUCAGAUGACCCAGGAAAAGAGACAUUCUCCUGAGAGUCCAUCAAUUGCUGUGGUAGAGUCAGAACUAGUAGCUGAAUACAUCACUACUGAACGCACUGAUGAGGGGACAGAGGUUGCUUUUCCCCUUCUAGUCAGCCAUCGCUCCCAGCCCCAACAGCCUUCCCAGCCCCAGCGGACCCUGCUCCAGCAUGUGGCUCAGUCACAGACCGCAACACAGACUUCGGUGGUGGUGAAGUCCAUCCCAGCAUCUUCCCCUGGAGCAAUCACCCAUAUUAUGCAGCAGGCAUUAAGCAGUCACACUGCUUUUACCAAACACAGCGAGGAACUUGGAACUGAGGAGGGCGAGGUUGAAGAGAUGGACACUUUAGACCCUCAGACAGGUCUGUUUUACCGAUCUGCCCUGACUCAGUCACAGUCAGCUAAACAGCAGAAACUUAGCCAGCCCCCGCUGGAACAGACUCAGCUGCAAGUGAAAACUCUGCAGUGCUUCCAGACUAAACAGAAGCAGACCAUCCACCUGCAGGCAGACCAGCUCCAGCACAAACUCCCGCAAAUGCCCCAGCUUUCCAUCAGGCAUCAAAAACUCACCCCUCUCCAGCAAGAACAAGCACAGCCCAAGCCAGAUGUACAGCACACACAGCAUCCCAUGGUGGCCAAAGACAGGCAGCUUCCUACCUUAAUGGCACAGCCCCCGCAAACUGUAGUGCAGGUGCUUGCAGUGAAAACCACGCAGCAGCUCCCUAAACUGCAGCAGGCUCCGAACCAACCAAAAAUCUACGUGCAACCCCAAACCCCCCAGAGCCAAAUGUCGCUCCCAGCUUCGUCAGAGAAACAGACGGCAAGCCAGGUGGAGCAGCCAAUUAUAACCCAAGGAUCCUCUGUUACAAAGAUAACUUUUGAGGGGCGCCAGCCUCCCACAGUUACAAAGAUAACUGGUGGCAGUUCUGUGCCUAAGCUGACAUCACCAGUUACAAGCAUAUCUCCCAUUCAGGCCUCUGAGAAGACAGCAGUGUCUGACAUUUUGAAAAUGUCUUUGAUGGAAGCUCAGAUUGAUACAAAUGUAGAACAUAUGAUAGUGGAUCCCCCAAAGAAGGCUCUUGCCACUAGCAUGCUCUCUGGUGAAGCAGGAUCAUUACCCUCCACCCACAUGGUGGUGGCAGGGAUGGCGAAUUCCACUCCCCAGCAACAGAAAUGUAGAGAGUCCUGUUCAAGUCCAUCCACUGUUGGCUCUUCCCUAACGACAAGGAAAAUUGAUGCACCAGCAGUGCCUGCAACAGGCCAGUUCAUGCGUAUUCAGAAUGUAGGCCAAAAGAAAGCUGAAGAGAGUCCAGCAGAAAUUAUCAUCCAGGCCAUUCCUCAGUAUGCUAUUCCUUGUCACUCCAGCUCCAAUGUGGUGGUGGAGCCCAGUGGGCUUCUUGAGCUAAACAACUUCACCAGUCAACAACUGGAUGAUGAGGAGACAGCAAUGGAGCAGGACAUAGACAGUAGCACGGAGGAUGGAACUGAACCCAGCCCUUCUCAGAGCUCUGCUGAACGGUCCUAGUGUAUGGACACAAUAGUGCACUUUAAAACCUGCUUGGUUACCAAGUGUCCAGGGAAACCCUUGUAUUUUGAUGACUAAAAAGAGCACUUUGCCUGUACUUAGGCUGUGGACCCUAAAGCAGCAGUGUUUCAACAAGAUAUUGCUGCAGGAGCAGCAUUUUAAAACAAGAUAAAACUCACAGAGGAAUGUACUUUUUUAAAAAAAAUGAAAAAGAAAAAAAAAAGCUGCACAUUUACAGUGACUUAAGACCUGGUCUUCUUUCUCUGUUGGAUCAUGGCCGGUGAAAAAGUUUUGUCUUGCAGUGGAAAGAGACUUCCUGUGAAUGUUUCUCAACUGGUUUCUACUGAGCAAAAUACCAUCUAAAAGGAGUAUGUGAAUAGUUGUAUUUUGAAAUGAUGUGUCAGGAAAAGUUUUUAAAAAACUUGUAUGUUUUUGCAAAUCUCUGGAAGUGUUGAAUUGGUUAAAAUUUUACAUUUGCUCAGUUCAUAAUUAGUUUAUAAACACCUAGAAUAAUACUGGCAUUAAAGAAUCCUUCUUGGAUGGUAGAAAUCAGAUCCCUAACCAGUGGGAAGUACUUUUGGGUGGCUUGUGCAUUCUCAUCAGUUGUGUGCUAAUUUAUUGUAUUGUUCCUUUGUGCUCUAAGCAGCACACUUGCCUUCUAUUUAUUUAAGUGUAAACAUUUCAAAGCAGGCCGUACUCCUUCUGACAAAUUUCUUGUAAACCAGGAUUGCCUACGCUUUCCACUGUCGUCUCUCUCCACUUUCCCUCUUCCUUUAAGAAAACGUACUAAGAAAUGUUUCAUUGUGAAGCAGAGGAAAAGAAACAUUUUCAGACCUAAAGGAAAUGUUCGGUCAUGUUAAGAAAACAAAUUCUUCAUUCAUAUGAUGCUUUCUUAACGUUGAAAUUGCACAUUCACAUUGGACUGAGACUUUGAAAAUAACUUUCACAUACUUUUGUUUGAGCCCCUUUGAAAUGUGUAAAAAGUUCAUUUACAGUUCUAAAUGUAAUGUUUUUAAGCAUUCUACCUUUUUAGGACACAGUUUGUUGAAGCAAUAUGUUUUGGUCUUGUGAUCACUGUCUGUCACAAGUAAGAGUGAAAGGGGUAAGGGGGUGGGAGGGUAAGAGUUUUGACAAGUUGUGGCAAAGGAAACUAUACUUUUCAUUUUUUAAAAUGUAAAUAGAAAAGUUUUUAACGGUUUUAUAUAGAUUUCACUAUAAAUAAGCAUUUUAAGACUGACAAAUGUUGAAUUGUACAUACAUUUAUCAGCAUAACUGCCCAGUUUUUUUGGUGCUGAAGUACUGUAAGUAGAAUUCAUCAGCAGUCUCCUAAUUUUUGCAUCUACAUCUGGGUGGAAAAAAAGCUGUGAUACUAUAUAGUUAAUAAAUUCCCACUAGAGUGACGCUCAAGAUUUAAACACAAGCAUUCAUAAGAUGCACUGAUCUCUGGUGGUUGUCACUAGUUCUGCUAGGGGAUAAUGAUUUACCCAUAGAUGGAGCUGUUGGAUAUUAUUUUAUUGUACAAAUUCAUGUUUAAAAACCUUUGUGACUGUUUCUAGUUAAGUAAUUUUUUAACCUUUCUUGGGUCAUAGACUUCUUUGGUAAACUAUGAACUCUCACCAAAAAGAUACACAUGCAACAUGUUAAAUACAUGUUAGACUUUGCAUACAAUUUUAGGGGCUCAUGGGCCUCUAAGCCUAUCCAUGUAUUCCAGGUUAAGCCCUCUGUUAUGGUCAAUCCAUUACUUACAGAUGUAAGUUUUUAUAAAAUAAAGUAUCUUUUAAAUAUUCAUGGAUCAAGUAACAAGAGCAAACUUGAAUAAAGUUAUGUUCUACGUAUUUUGGCAGCAUAGCAUACCUGUGUCCCUUGAGAAUUUAGCCUUCAUAUGUUUCUGCAAUUGGAAUGGCAAAUAAAACUGCCAUCGUCUACAUUUAAAAAAAAAAUUACAAAUACUAAGAAAUUAUCAAGUGAGAUUUGAAAUUUUUCUUUUAAAGGUGCUAAUUCGAAAUAGAGCAUGCAUUCAUUUAUUUAUUCAACAAAUAUUAAUUGAGCAUCUUCUGUAUGACAGGUAGCGUUCUGUGCACUGGGGAUACCAUAGUGAACAAACAGGAAAUCCUAUCCUUAUGAAGUUUAGAAACAGGGUUUCCUGCUGAUGAAAUGGAUAUGAGGAAUGAAGAUAGGAGAAAAUAAGAAUAAUACUUAGGUUUUUUUAGUAAGUGGAUAGAUGAUGAUGCCAUAUAUGGAUUUUCAGACAUCCCUUUACUGAAAGUCUUAGCAUUAUAUCUAUUAGUAUUCCAUGUUUAAGUACAUAAUUUAAAAGUAAUUUAAAGUCAUCUCUUUGAAGAAUGUUAACAAAUUACAAUGCAAAUGCUACAGAAUUUUUAGAAUCCUAACAACUAUUAGGCAGUGAUAAGAAAAAUCUAUUUGGUUUAAAGUAAACUUUAAUAAGUGCCUGGUAUUGCAGAUGCAGUUUAUGGUGAACUUAGAGGAUUAAAAACAAAAGGGGGCUUCAUUGAGAUAUCCACAUGCCAUAAACUCACCCAUUUAAAGUAUACUGUUUAAUGGUUUUAGUAUAUUCACAGAGUUGGGCAACCGAUUACUGCAAUCAAUUUGAGAACGUUUUCAUUAAUCACAAAAGAAAUCCUGAACUGAAACCACCACCACCAUCACUCCAGCCCUGGGUGACCACUCAUCUACUUUCUGCCUCUUAUGGAUGUGCCGUAAAAAAUGUGGACAUUUCAUAUAAAUGAGAUUAUA